UGUUUUGUUUUUCAGAAGGCCGCUCUGUUGUUGGCUCUGAUCAGCCCCUCAUCGCCUCUCCUGGUGAAGAUGUCAUCCUGCCCUGUCACAUCACCCCCAGUCUCAGUGCUGUGGACAUGGAAGUGAGGUGGUACAGAGAGAAAUUCAAGAUCCCAGUUCAUUUAUAUGCAGAUCGACGCGAUCGCACAGAUGUUCAGGACAGUGACUAUCGGGGCCGCACUGCUCUCUCUAGAUUUAAGCUGCAGGAAGGCAUUCUCUCUUUGAAACUGAAAAACCUCCGUCACACUGAUAGCGGGGUCUAUUCCUGCUAUGCCACUGAUGGAAUCUGGUAUGGACAAGGAAAGACUGAACUGAUAGUCAGAGUCUAUCCAGUGGGUGUCUCAUGGACUCUAUUCACAAGGAGUCAGACCCGGCUGGUGUGCAGAUCAGAGGGGUGGAGCCCUGAACCAGAAGUGAUCUGGAGAGACAGUGAUGGAAACGAU